GAGGAAUCUGUUCUCAUCCAUAAACCAACGAAAAAUGAAGGACCAACUUGGAUUCAGAAUUGUGCUCUGUUCUGCGGUUUUCAUAAUUCUGACUCAAAACAGAGCUCUCGCAGACUUGGACAGCGAGUCCCAUGAGGUUAACUCAGAAUCGGUAGGAGAAGAACAAUGGGAGAUGGUGCAGAGGAAAGGGAUGCAAUUCACUCUAAAUGGACAACCAUUCUAUGUGAAUGGCUUCAACACAUACUGGAUGAUGACUCUUGCAGCUGACAAUUCCACGAGAGGCAAAGUGACGGAAGUGUUCCAACAAGCCUCUGCGGUUGGAAUGACGGUAGGCAGGACAUGGGCUUUCAACGAUGGCCAAUGGAGAGCUCUCCAGAAAUCUCCCUCUGUUUACGAUGAAGAGGUCUUCAAGGCCCUCGACUUCGUGCUGAGCGAGGCCAGAAAGUACAAAAUCAGGCUUAUACUGUCAUUGGUCAACAACUGGGACGCCUAUGGCGGCAAAGCUCAGUACGUUAAAUGGGGAAACGCCUCCGGCCUUAAUCUCACUUCCGAUGACGACUUCUUCACCAACCCCACCCUCAGAAACUUCUACCAAUCCCAUGUCCGGACAGUGCUGAAUAGAGUGAACACCUUCACAAACAUAACUUACAAGAACGACCCCACAAUCUUCGCCUGGGAACUUAUGAAUGAGCCUCGUUGCCCCUCUGAUCCUUCCGGCGACAAACUCCAGUCUUGGAUACAAGAAAUGGCGGUGUUUGUGAAGAGCUUAGACGCUAAACACUUGGUGGAGAUCGGACUUGAAGGCUUCUAUGGUCCCUCUGCCCCUGCGAGAACCAGAUUCAACCCCAACCCCUACGCUGCACAAGUCGGAACUGACUUCAUCAGAAAUAAUCAGGUUCUUGGCAUUGAUUUUGCCUCGGUUCACGUCUAUCCAGAUUCCUGGAUAUCUCCGGCAGUAUCAAAUUCUUUCCUGGAAUUCACAAGCUCUUGGAUGCAAGCUCAUGUUGAGGACGCAGAGAUGUACUUGGGAAUGCCGGUUCUGUUCACAGAGUUUGGUGUGUCUGCACAUGACCCUGGUUUCAACACGUCUUUCCGUGACAUGAUGUUGAACACAGUGUACAAGAUGACCCUCAACUCAACAAGGAAAGGAGGGGCUGGUGCCGGGAGUCUGGUCUGGCAGGUCUUCCCUCAGGGGGCAGAGUUCAUGGAUGACGGCUAUGCGGUUUACCUCACAAGAGCUCACACAGCUUCAAAAAUCAUAUCUCUGCAGUCAAAGCGACUAGCCAUCUUCAACUCCUUGUGUAGCUGGAGAUGCAGAUGGGGAUGCAAGAAAAAGAAUCAGACUGCUCUUGAUGCCCUCCUCUCGCACGACGAGCUUUAAGUAUCACAAUCUUUUGUGAAUUACAACUGCGUGAAUACAAAGAUCAGUGUAUACAAGUUUUUAACAAAUAUUAUAUAUGUAAAGAAUCAAGAUGAUUGUUUAAACAUA